AUUGCUCCAACUUCGCCUACAUCAAAUCUUGAAGGAUGUUCAAUAAUGGACAUUGACUACUAUGUAGAACUGAUUGUUGUUCCAAUUAACUCGCCGGGGAAAAAUAUCCAUGUUCCAAUCAAAAUAAUCAUCGGGACAACGCCCUUAAGGUCAGAUAAUCAGAGAGGUCAAUUUGUGUCUGGUUUGUCAGCGUUUCAAUUAGAAGUUCCCGGUGAUCCUAGACAACAAUCAGUACACCCAACGGCAAGAACGUCGGAUACCUCAAACAUAGAAAUUUCACCUUUCCAUGAGAGAAUAUUUGGUUAUGAAAAUAUGGAUGAUGAAGACGAUGAUCGCAGGAGACGAUACGAUUGGUCAGAUUAAUCAAUCUUCAAGAACCAAAAAACUGAAUUGAAUG